UUAUCAUGGUUAGUCUAUAAUUAUAUCAAUGUUUCUGUCAUUUGUUACCGCCGAAUUUAAUGGAAAGUUUCGACCAAUUUAGCAACAAAUUCUGUUAAAGUAGGCCUCUAAAUUCGCUCUGUUGUUAAUCAUUAAGUUGUAUGGCCCUUUAGUGUACGGUUAAGUUAUUUGUCAUUCUAGGUUAAGUUAAUUCCGAUUGUUUCUUCCAUGAUUGAACCUAAUAUUAGCUAGGGCCUAACUUAAUUUGUUUACAAUAUUCAGUCCAGUCAUAUUCGAGACCCUAAGACACCCAAAUGGGAAGAACUUUAAGGAACAUCACGAGUAAAACAAGGCCAAACAUGAUGAUUUACUUUACUUAUGUCAAAUUAUGCUUUAACUCCCUAUUCUGCAACAAACAUCUUGACCAAAGUUACGCAGCUGAUGUGUUGAUGGAGCCCAUGAUAUGGUUUGUCGACAACUUCACAAAAUGUUUGGGACCUCUGUUUGUUACUUGCGUGGUAGCCCUGAUGGGGGCAGUGAUUGUGAUCAGCUAUUGGAUUGGUCUACCUUACUGGUGGGACAGGGACUGGCGUGUAACUGUAGGCCUGCUACUGGUUGGCCAUUGGUUACUUAUCAACACGUUGUUUAAUUACUACAUGGGUGUUGUCACACCUCCAGGAUACCCUCCUCAGGAUACACUGAUCCCAGAAGCAGUCAGUAUCUGCAAGAAAUGCAUUGCCCCCAAGCCUCCCCGGACCCAUCACUGCUCUGUGUGUAACCGUUGUGUGCUGAAGAUGGAUCAUCACUGUCCUUGGCUCAACAAUUGUGUUGGCCAUUACAACCACAGAUACUUCUUCAUGUACAUGGUCUACAUCGUGGCAAGCACUCUCUUCAUCAUGGUGUUUGGAUUUGAGCUGGCGUACACUGAGGUGUGGCUGGAGGAAAGGAUUGAUGAGGACCUGGUCGGUCAUCCUGUUCGGUUUAACAACACCGGCUCUGAACCUGUGGUAGAGUGGGAUGAGGAGAUGGAGAGUCGGUCGUCAGGAAAGCCUGAGCCCCAGUGGCGCAGAAGAUCCAUCAUCUUUAUGGCGUUUAUUUGUAGUGGUGCGUUUGUAGCGCUCUUGUUUCUUGCCAUUUGGCAUGCUAAACUGAUAUCAAGAGGAGAGUCAAGCAUUGAAGCACAUAUAAAUAAAUCUGAAACUAAGAGACUCGCUAAACAAAAUAAGCUCUACAUUAAUCCAUAUAAUUUUGGAAAAUGGAGAAAUUGGAAGAGGUUUCUUGGUUUGGAAAGAGGAAGAUCCUGGAGACACAUUCUACUGCCCUCCACUCACAAGCCUGAAGGAGACGGACUGACCUGGGACACAGUGUUCUGUGAUACCGAGGGGCUGCUACUGGGGCAUAGCAAAGUCAGUUGACUACACAACCUCUGGAGACUGAUCAAACUGUUGGCACAACUCUGCUGAAACAGAGCUUUGGGUGUUGCGGUUAAGGGUGUUGCACGUAAAGUGUUUGUGUUGGGGUGUUGGUUUUGAGCAAAACCAACUUGAAGGUAAAGUAGUGAGGUAUUGUGCCAACGAGAGGAGCACAUUUACCCACUGUUGUAUGAGGUGCAACUUAGUUUCAUAUUGCUAUAAUUUGAAACAAGGUUUUCCUGCAGAGUAAGUUGUUUUGCUUUGAGUGCAAUGAUCCAUUUACAUGGAUCAUCCAGUUGAUUAAUUUCAAAGCCUAGUAUGUUUGAAAGUAUAAGAAUUAUAACAGUAAAAGUCAGUUUAACAAAAUAUGGGUUAUUUGAAACGUUAACUAUCGGAAGUCAUUAUAUAGGGCAACGUACCCAUGGGAACCCUUAUGGAUUUAUGUAUCAGCAUCAGUAGAAACUAGAUAAUUUUGUUAUUGUUAUUUAUGUUGUCAACUGUGAUUUGCGUGCCCCGCCAAUUCAAGAUUUCUACAACAGAACUGGGGAUUAUUGCAAACAGUGCUAUAGAUUGGUAUAUGUGAUGUAAAGUAGUUUUGUUGGCCACUUCACCAAAAACUUAAGGCAAAGACAUAACAAUUGGUGGUAUUGGUCACACUGUUGAAUCCGACUAAGCAAAAAUUGGUAGGCGGGUACAACAAAGGGUGUUUGGUAGAGGGGUAGUGGGUUUUUGCAGGAAUUGACCAAGAAACAAAGGAAACGUUUUUGGUACCAGUUGACAGCAAGGAUAGAGACAUGUUGUUGGCUAUAGUCAAACAACUUAUUUUACCUGGGACCAAAAUCAUUAGAGACUGAGGGUGCUUAUAACUGUUUGGGGAUUUGGAAAGAUGUUGCAUUUGCUGUGUUUAAUACAGUGUGAUAGGCCCAAAUACUUAUUAAUCAACACACGUUUGGCUGAUCAAGAAGUUAUCAAAUACUUAUUACUUAAUGAAUCAAGUAUGGAUUACGGAUACUAUUGCACACACUUAGAUUUUUGCCAACUGUAUUUGAACUCUGUCAGUAUGUCAAUUAUAAUUCAGCUAAACUCAAGGUCCUUUUUGUUAGUCCUACCUUUUUGCAGAGAUGUUUUUUUUUUAUAUUUAAAUGCAAACACUCUGCCACACAGAUGUUCUUAUGCAUGAGUGUACGAUUUGCCUUACUUAGUUUGAAGAUAUUCACGUUAAAUAAAGUGUGCUCUGAAACUAUAUUUGUAUUUUUGUGUUUUACAAGCCAAAUUUUCAGAAACAAAUGAAAGGGUGCUUACUGUAUAUUCAGUAGUUUGUUUACCUUAACGAAUUUCACUUAUAUGUACUAAGUUUAAUUUUUUUAAAGAACACUUUUCAGGCUUGCCCUUAUUUGUUCAAGAAUAUUAUUAAGAUAGUCACAUGGUUAACUUGCAAACACAGUUCUAAGAAAAAUCUCACCACUUAUUAUUCUUUGAUUUGUUUGCAGUUAUGUAAUUUUAUACUGUGAAAUAGUUUAUAAAUUAUUCUACAUGAAUGAACAAACUUA